AUGAAUAUCACAAAGCCACAAUAUCUGUUGUCUGUCAUCAAGUUCGUUCGAUGCUCCGCUUCUUCGCAAGCUCUCGCAAACGAUUUGAAAGGCAUUGUUGGAAAUGACAACGUUUCAAGCACUGCCGCUGUUCGAGAACAACACAGCCAUGACGAAUCUUAUCAUGCGAGUCGUGAACCUGAUGUAGUUGUCUUCGCACAAAGUACUGAUCAUGUGUCGCAAGUUGUGAAAUAUUGUGCAUCGAAAAAGAUUCCUGUCAUACCUUUCGGAACCGGUACUGGUCUCGAGGGUGGUGUCACAGCUCCUCAUGGCGGUGUGUGUCUGAAUUUGACGGAUGGUAGUGUCAUCAAAACAUCGGGUCUGAAAGGUCGCAGCCGAAAAACAUCGGCGGGAUAUAAUUUAACCAAUUUGUUUGUUGGGCAAGAAGGAACACUAGGCAUCAUAACUGAAGCAACUCUGAAACUGCAUGCACCGCCUGAAGCGAUCAUGCAGAGUGGUUUGCCAGUAGCGCGAAUCGAAUUUCUCGAUGAAAAGAUGGUCGACGCAUGCAACCGUUUCUCGAAGUUACAUUUAGAUGUUGCACCAACGCUGUUUUUGGAGUUCAAUGUAAGCAAACGAAACACUGAAGCCCAAAGAGAAUUAGCUGAGGAAAGAUGUAAAUCAUAUAAUGGUUUGAAAUUCAAUUCUGCCACCGACAUUGAUAAACGUAAUGAGCUGUGGAAAGUAAGGCAUAAUGCAUCGUAUGCUGCUCAAGCUGUCAGACCGAGAUCGAAAGGAUACGCCACGGACGUCUGCGUACCAAUUACAGCGUUGUCUGGAAUGAUUUCUCUUGCAAAACAUGAACUGCAUCGAUUCGUACUUGGGCAUGUUGGUGAUGGAAAUUUUCAUGUUAUUCUACUAGCAGAUCCGGAAAAUAUAGAAGAGAUCAACCGUUUACAUGAGUUUUCUCAUAUUUUAGCAAAAGAAUCCAUACGUGUGGAUGGUACGAUUACAGGCGAACAUGGCAUUGGUCUUGGAAAGAAACAGUUAUUGAUGUCGAUAUUAGAGUGGACAAACAUCGUAACCAUUCCAUAAAUGAAUCUUUUCAAAGUUCGUGCUACAUCAAUACCCAAUGUUCUUCGCAAGUUCGCCUAUCGCCAGGCUUCAUCGCAAGCUCUCGCAAACGAUUUGAAAGGCAUUCUUGGAAAUGACAACGUCUCAAGUACUGCCGCUGUUCGAGAACAACACAGCCAUGACGAAUCUUAUCAUGCGAGCCAUGAACCUGAUGUAGUUGUCUUCGCACAAAGUACUGAUCAUGUAUCGCAAGUUGUGAAAUAUUGUGCAUCGAAAAAGAUUCCUGUCAUACCUUUCGGAACGGGUACUGGCUUAGAAGGUGGUGUAACAGCUCCGCGCGGUGGUGUAUGUCUGAAUUUGAGUAAAAUGGACAAGAUUGUUUCUGUCAAUGCCGAAGACUUUGAUUGUACUGUGCAAGCUGGUGUCACCCGAAAUGCACUCAACUCCUUCAUUCGAGAUACUGGUCUCCAGUUUCCCAUCGAUCCCGGUGCGGACGCGUCUCUCGGUGGCAUGUGUGCAACUAGUGCGUCGGGAACGAUGGCUGUUCGAUAUGGAACAAUGAGAGAAAAUGUGAUGAACCUGGAGGUGGUGCUAGCGGAUGGUAGUGUCAUCAAAACAUCGGGUCUGAAAGGUCGCAGCCGAAAAACAUCGGCGGGAUAUAAUUUAACCAAUUUGUUUGUUGGGCAAGAAGGAACACUAGGCAUCAUAACUGAAGCAACUCUGAAACUGCAUGCAACGCCUGAAGCAGUGUUGGCAGCAGUUGCUCCGUUCAAAGACUUUCAGUCAGCUGUGGACGCGACUGUAGCGAUCAUGCAGAGUGGUUUGCCAGUAGCCCGAAUCGAAUUUCUCGAUGAAAAGAUGGUCGACGCAUGCAACCGUUUCUCGAAAUUACAUUUAGAUGUUGCGCCAACGCUAUUUUUGGAAUUUCACGGCAGCAACAGUAAUAUCGAAGCUCAAGGGCAAUUAGCAGAGGAGACAUGUAAAUCAUACGAGUGUCUGAAAUUUGAUUUUUCAACUGAGCCCGACAAACGCAAUGAACUGUGGAAAGCAAGACACAAUGCAUGGUACGCGGCUCAGGCUCUUAAACCAGGUUGCAAAGGUUACAGCACUGAUGUCUGUGUUCCAAUUAGCGCUUUACCGGGGAUGAUCACAUUCGCUAAAAAUGAACUGAAACGAUUGAAUCUAUUAGGACCUAUAGUUGGCCACGUCGGUGAUGGAAACUUCCAUGUAUUUGUAAUAGUUGACUCAAAAAAUCCGGAAGAAAUCGAACGAGUUCAUGAAUAUAGUCUGGCUUUAGCAAAAGAAUCAUUACGUGUGAGUGGAACAGUGACCGGUGAGCAUGGUGUUGGACUUGGAAAGAAAGAGUUGUUGGUCGACGAGUUCGGACAAUCAGGAAUCAAUACAAUGAAGGCUAUUAAAAAAGCUCUCGAUCCGUUGAAUAUUCUCAAUCCUGAUAAAGUUAUAUAA